AUGAGGAGCGGCGCUCUAGGCGGCGGCGGCGGCGGCCGUAAUGGUUUCGCCCGCCCAUACGCGCGCCGCCACAGGUGCAGUGUGCAUGAUGUGCUCGUCGGCAGCGCGACCGAAUUCAGCCAGCUGGCGCAUCUUCUCCGACGCAGGAACCCGCCGCCCAAGCUGAAGAACCCGGCCGAGUGGUCCGAUGACUUCAACGAUUUCCUCUCAGUGUGCUUGGUUAAGGAUUACGAGAAGAGGCCCUUGAUGUCGGACCUGAUGAACCACAAGUUCAUCACACAGGUCCCGAAGCAUCCUGAAGAGAUCCGCCAGGAGUUGGUGCGGAUCCUGAAGGCGCAGCGCAAGGUAGGCUACAGCAAGCGACUGCCCGAGGUGACCACCAAGCAUGGCCAGCUCAAGACAGACCGCAAGUCCCGGCCCACGCCCAUCCUCAUGGACGACCUGUCCGCCCUCGAGACGCUCACGGAGGAGAUCAUUGUCGACCAGCUGUACCAAAGAUUCAUGCGGGGCCAGAUAUACUCAUACAUCGGCGACAUACUGCUCGCCAUGAACCCAUUCCAGAAGCUUCCCAUCUACUCUGAAGAGGUCUCGUUGAGGUACCGGAAUCGUGCCAAACUGGACAACCCACCACACAUAUUCGCCGUCGCAGAUGCUGCCUACCACAGCAUGUUGCAUCAAAAGAGAAACCAGUGCAUCGUCAUCAGCGGAGAAAGCGGAGCCGGCAAGACCGAGAGUGCCAACCUCCUGCUCAGGCAACUUGUGGCUCUGGGAAAGGCGACCAACCGGAACCUGGAGGACAAGAUCUUGCAGGUGAACCCAAUAAUGGAGGCGUUCGGCAAUGCCAAGACGGGCAUCAACGACAACUCGAGUCGUUUCGGAAAGUUCCUAGACCUCACCUUCACUGAGCAGGGAAAGAUCACCGGAGGUAAACUAUCAGUCUACCUCCUGGAGCAGUCUCGGGUGGUGUGGCAAGCACCGCAAGAGCGCAACUUUCACAUCUUCUACUACCUAUACGACGGGCUGGCCGACAUCAGGCAGCUUGGAAACUAUUACCUCGACACCACUGGCAAAAGGCAGCACAGGUACCUCAACGGUGCGCCGUCGGACAAGGAAACCGCGUCCACACACGUCGACAGGCUGAACAACAUCAAGCAGGGCUUCCAGCUGCUCGGCUUUCGGUCAGCCGAGACGGACACCAUCUACCGCAUCCUGGCGGCCAUCGUGCAUCUGGGAGACGUGGAAGUGCGCAAGGCGGAGACCACGUUUCAGAACGACACAUGCAUCAUCGUCAACGCCGAGAAGAUCCCUAUCGUUGCGCAGCUGCUGGGCCUUCAGGGCAACGCGUUGCGGGACGCGCUCACCUCGAGCAGCAUGGUGAUGCGCGGCGAAGUGAUCACGCGGUGCAACUCGGCACAGGAGGCCGAGUGCGCGAGAGACGCCAUGGCAAAGGCCCUCUACGCACGACUCUUCGACUGGAUCGUCAACCAGAUCAACCGACACCUGGCACUAGGACGCAUCGCCAUCGGUCUUCCGUUAUCUGUGGCCUUGUUGGACAUCUUCGGAUUCGAGGACCUGCAGAAGAACUCGCUGGAGCAGCUCUGCAUCAAUAUCGCCAACGAGCAGAUCCAGUUCUUCUUCAACCAGCAUGUUUUUGCGUGGGAACAGCAAGAAUACCUGAACGAGGGUCUCAGCGUGCAGCCGGUGUCGUUCGGCGACAACCGGCCCGUGCUGGACAUGUUCCUGGGCCGACCGCUGGGACUGCUGGCGUUGCUCGACGAGGAGAGCCACUUUCCAAACGCGACAGACCAGUCACUCAUCGACAAGUUCCACAACAACAUCAAGUCCAAGUACUACAUCCGACCGAAGUCCAACGCCCUGCAGUUUACCAUCAGGCAUCAUGCUGGCAAGGUAGUGUACGACGCCCGCUGCUUUGUGGAGAAGAACCGCAACUUCCUCCCUACGGAGAUCGUACAGCUUCUGCGGCAAUCCAAGCUGCCCGUUGUGCAGACCCUUUUCCAGUCACCGCUCACCAAGACGGGUCAGCUGUACACGCCGUCGCAGUAUGCCUGCCAAAAUCUGUCCACACAGAGCCUAGUGAGCCAGGCGAAGGCGCUGCAGACGACGAGCACCUCGUUCCGCUUCUCGCUCAUGGACCUGCUGCAGAAGAUGAGCGCGGGGUUGCCGCACUUCGUGCGCUGCCUCAAGCCCAACGACUAUCGGCUCGCCGGCGGCUUCUCGCGUGACAAGGUGCUGUGCCAGCUCCGUUACACGGGCGUCCUCGAGACCAUCUACAUCCGCCAACAGGGCUUCUCCCACCGAUACUCGUUCACCGAGCUGCUCAAGAGGUACGGCUUCUUGGCAUUCUCCUUCGACGAGAAGGUCGUCCCCAACCGGGAAACGUGUCAUCAACUUCUCGUGCGGCUCAAGAUGGACGACUACGCUAUCGGAAAGUCGAAGGUAUUCCUGAAGUACUACCAUGUGGAAUACCUUUCUCGACUUUAUGAGCAGCAAAUAAGGAAGAUCGUGAUUGCACAGUCAGCUGUCCGGAGGUGGCUUGCAAAACGCUAUGUGCAGAAGAGGAGACUUGCCAUUGCACUGGUCGCCCAGCGGUGUCAAAUGAAGAUCCAAAAGAACAAGGAGGCGGCCAAUAGGAGGAAGGUAGCGCAUCACAAGUGCGCUGACCCAAAUGGCUCCACUUGGAAGUGCCUCAAGAUACUAGACUUUUGCCAGAAGGUGCACCACUGCCCAAGCAGCAGGAAUCGAUGUCUAAAGAAGGCGCAUCCAAACACCAACAUCACACAGCUCAUCAUGACCUGCCAUCAGGUGCCUGGCCUGUCCACCAGGAAUGGUGAAACCAUUGUGGAUGAAACACCUGUGCCAAGCGAGCGAAGGAUCAAUGGUCGCUGUAGAAACCAGGACCACCAGCACCAACAAAGGCCACAGCCUAAAAAGCCUCUGCAUCUCAACAACUUUGACCUCUGCACUCACAAGCUUCCUGCAGAAGACAGGUAUAAUAAGAAAACUAUCAUGUAA